AUGGCCGAGCUUCGGCGCGAAGGUAGGAAAUGGGACUGGGCGAAGCCGUCCGAGGAGGAGGUGCAUGCGAGGCUCGCCGACUGCGACGAACCCCUUCGAGAUAAAGUGCCCGACACCGUCCGGGACGGGGACGCGGGCUCCAGCCUCCUAGCAAUGAGCGCGUUGCUCUGGGCGGUGAGGCGGAAGGAUCGGUUGGCCGGCGCCCUCCGUCGCAGUGCCACCAGCAUGGACAAGGUCGCUGUUGCGGGGUUGAAGGGGCUGCGGACUGAGAUGGUAGCCUUCAUCAAGAAGCAGGUCGCGCUCAUACGGUCGGGCCGAAACGUAGUUGCGGCCGACGUCUGUGACGACGACGGCGAGGAGGUUCAGUCGGCGCCCCAAGCUGGCGGUGUCGCCCCUGCCGUCGCUGAUGCGCGUGGCACCUCGGUCGGGAAGCCGGGUAGCGGCGUCGACGAGGCCGAUGCGGCAGCAGGACAUGGGGUGGCCGGGACCGAGGAGAAGCAUAGGGACGAGGUUGUUCAUGGGGAUGAUGAUGGGGUCCAGGGUCGUGAGGCGGAUCGCAGUUCGGGGAAGCAGUCGGGGAAGAGCGUGCUCGACAUGCUCAAGAAGCACUGGGCUGGGGUUCGAGCGGCCAGCACUGAUCAGGGUGGUGGGGGUCCCGCCGACGAGCAUGCCACUGAUGACGCACUGCCAAGGGCUCCGCCUUCGGUCGCCGAUAAGCCACCACGACAGGGUAGCGGUGAAGAAGGGCUGCGCGACAAGGAGAAGGCGGCCGCAAAAACGGCCCCAGCUGGCCAGGGCCCGAAGACAGGGGUCGCGGUGGCGUCAGCGGUUCCUCACCAGCCCCCAGCUGGUGCACGCCCUCCGACCGGACCGUCUGCCGGGCGACCUGCCGACGUCCCGGCUGCCGACAAGGCUGGCCGCGCGGGGAAAGGGGCGGCAGUUGCGGACGCGCUCAAGGAGCAGCUCAGGCGCCUAGCCGGCCACAAGGCUGUUCAACAGCCCCCCGCUGCUGUCGACGCCCCAUCUGCCAGUGUCCCAAAGUCGCCGGUCGUCGCCGCCCGUGCUCCUGCAGACCCAAAGUCCGCGUUGCUGCGCGCCCAGUUGGGCGCACUAGCGUCGACUGCGCCAACUCAGCAGGCUUCUGCCUCCGGCGCUAAGACGUCGUCGGCAAAAGUCGCACCACCCACCCCUGUGGCAGCUGAGGUUGAGAAGGCGGCGGAGAAGGGCGUUCGUGCCGCCCUUGCCACCGGCGGCGGCCCCGUCGAGCAGGCGCCCCCCGAUGCUGAUAUCGCUGCCAUACAGGCCCACCUGGAUGCUGCCAAUCCCCGACCGCUGGCCAUCUCCGACACGGCACAUGUGGAGCCUUCGGCGGGUCUCGUCGGCAGUCCAGCAGAGCCGACUGCGACCGGUGAUGCUGUCGGCGAUGAGAAGGCGAAACGGAAGGGGAAGGCGGGCUCACAGAGGAAGACGCGGGAGAAGUCGGAGGCGAAGGCGGCGGAUAGAGGGAAGGGGAAGGCGGCUGAGACGGCGGCUGACAAGGAUGGAGGCGGCAAUACGGGGGUGAAAGGGAAAGCGGGGGAGAAUCAGAAGUCGCUCGGCGAGGGUACGUCGACGGGGAGGAAGGGGAAGGACAAGUCGGUAGGAGAAGGUGCGUCGACGGGGAGAAAGGGGAAGGAGAAGGCGGUCGGCGAUGGUUCGUCGAAAGGGAGAAAGGGAAAGCGGAAGGCGGCGGAGGAGGAUGUCGAGGAGGUGGAGGACGUCGAGCAGGAGGAAGAAGAAGAGGCGGAGGAGGAGGUGGAGGAGGCGGAUGAGGACGAUGAGGAGGAGGAGGUCGAGGUGGAGGAGGAGGAGGAGGAGGAGGAGAGGGGAAGAGCAAGGAGAGGCAGGUCGCGUGAGAAGAUGGAGCUCGCGUACGUGCACUCCAUCGCGUUCGUCGUCUACGACGGUUUCGUGAGCAAGGUGCUCAUGAACGAGCUCACCGUCCUGGACAGCGCCGAGUUGGAGAGGUGGAAGGAGGUGUGGGAGGAGGUCAGGAUCUUGCCGACCGGGAUGUGGACGGUGAUGUGGGCCCGGGGAACGCUCCUUCCAAAGACACGGCUGAAUGAGAUCCUCGACAAGUAUCGACAUUACAAGACCACUGGCGAUGCGCUGCACGCCGCGCUCCUGCCAGCGAUAUGGUACCCAGUCGAUCCCGACACCGAGGAAGGCCGAGAGAACGGCGACAGCGACGAGAAGACGGAUAUGGCGGCAUGGGCGUUAGGAGCAUCCGCAUGCGCUGUGUGGUGCUUCGUCGAGAACGGCGAUGCCCAGGUGGAGGAUGCUGUGGAAGAAGGGAAGGCGGCGGCGCUUGUGGGCGGAGCGAGCCAGGCGACCGCCGAUGUAUUCGGCAAAGCCAUGGGGGCGGUGCUGAACGCCGAGAUCAACAGGGACCGCCCCCUGGGAGAGGUUGCUUACAACGUCGCGCCAGCACUCAAGAGGACCGCCCUUGACAUGGCCUAUCCGGGGGUGGAUGCCGGAGUCGAUGCCGACGUGAUCGCAAGAGCGACGGUCGAGACGAUGGCGUUCUGGGGAAUGUGCCCCGUCGCCGGGCCGAAACUCAAAGCUUGA